CCCAGUUAGAAGCCCCAGCCUCGCUCCCUCCCUCCCUCCUUCGCCCUGCCUCUCCCUCCCCCUCUUUCAGGCCUUAUCUCCCGGCAGUUUGCCAAGGCUGGCUAGGAUCUGUGGGGUGAUCCGGGGAUGGGCAGCGGGCGCUGUGUCCCAGGACUCCUGCGCAUGGCUCUGGAUUUCCUGGCUUGGCUCCUGUAGAUGCUAUUCCAUCAUCACCAGGAUGAACGUUGCACUCCAGAACCUCAGCAACAGCAUGUCUGACUACAAGCGUGCCACAUUUAAUGAUGAGGAUAGUCAAGACCCUGCAGGGGAGAGCACAGCAUCCCCUGACACAGUUGAGGUUGGGUUCCGGAAAGGCAGAGGACAUAUCCUUGGUGUUCUUGGUGGAAGAUCUCAGCCAGAAGUUCUCUUAGGGGUCUUGAGUGCGGUGUUGGGAGUGCUGCUUCUCGGAAGUCUCAUUGCUUUGGGAGUACAGCAGAUGACAGAUAGGUCCCGCUCACUGUGUCUCUCAGAAGCCUGUGUUUCCGUGGCUGGCCGUAUUCUCGAUUCACUGGACCGUGCUGUCGAUCCAUGCCAAGACUUCUAUCAGUUUUCUUGCGGAGGUUGGAUGAAGAGAAAUCCACUUCCAGAUGGCCAUUCAAGAUGGAACACAUUCAACAGUAUUUGGGACCAGAACCAGGCUAUUCUGAAACAUAUCCUAGAGAACACCACAUUUAACUCUAGCAGCGAGGCGGAAAUGAAGACUCAGCGUUAUUAUCUCUCCUGUUUGAGGGAACAGAAAAUUGAAGAACUGAAAGAGAAACCGCUCACUGACCUAAUAAAGAAGGUUGGAGGAUGGAACAUCUCAGGGAACUGGCGAGGUGAUAACUUCAUGGCGGUGCUGAAGACUGUAUCAGGGACAUACAGGGCGACUCCAUUUUUCAGUGUGUUUGUAAGCGCAGAUUCCAAGAGCUCCAACAGUAACAUCAUCCAGGUAGACCAGUCUGGACUGUUUCUUCCAUCUAGAGAUUACUAUCUUAAUAAAACAGCCAAUGGAAAGGUGCUAACAGCGUACCAGCAGUACAUGGUGGACGUGGGCCUGCUUCUUGGGGGUUCUCUUGGAUCCAUAGAACCUCAGAUGGAGCAAAUUUUAGAAUUCGAGACACAGUUAGCAAAUCUGACCGUUCCACAGGAUGAGAGGAGAGAUGAGGAAAAGAUAUAUAACCGCAUGACGGUGGGCGAUCUUCAGAUUCUGUCCCCUGCAUUUGACUGGAUGGAUUAUUUGGGUUUUGCACUUUCUCCACUGGAAUUGAAUGACACUGAGCCUGUUGUGGUGUAUGGGAAGGAGUAUUUGCAGCAAGUGUCUGAACUUGUGAACAAUACAGACCCCAUGAUUUUGAAUAAUUACUUAAUUUGGAACUUGGUUCAGAAGAUGUCCCCAAGCCUGGAUUCCCGCUUUGAGAAAGCUCAGGACAAACUUCUUGAAUCACUAUAUGGAGUGAAGAAGUCGUGCACCCCUCGCUGGCAGACCUGCCUCUCUAAUACGGAUGACACACUUGGAUUUGCUCUUGGAUCUCUGUUUGUUAAAUCCACUUUUGACAAGAACAGUAAAAGCAUUGCAGAGCAGAUGAUUGGGGAGAUCCGUGCAGCGUUUGAACUGGCUUUGGCAGGUCUUACAUGGAUGGAUAAGAAAACAAAAAAGGCAGCAAAAGACAAGGCUGAUGCUAUCUAUGACAUGAUUGGAUUCCCUGAUUUUAUUCUGGAUUCUAAAGAACUGGAUGAAGUGUAUGAUGGGUUUGAAGUAUCAGAAGAUUUGUUCUUCCAGAACAUGCUGAAUUUCUAUAACUUCUCAGCAAAGCUGAUGGCUGAACAGCUAAGAAAACCACCUAACCGAGAGCAGUGGAGUAUGACCCCUCAAACUGUCAACGCCUAUUAUUUGCCAAACAAGAAUGAAAUUGUCUUUCCUGCUGGAAUCCUUCAAGCACCGUUUUAUGCCCCCACGCACCCAAAGGCUCUAAAUUUUGGAGGUAUUGGGGUGGUGAUGGGGCAUGAGCUGACACAUGCCUUUGAUGAUCAGGGUCGCGAAUAUGACGAGGAUGGGAAUUUGCGUCCCUGGUGGCAGAACUCAUCCCUGGAAGCUUUUAAGAAUCGCACCGAGUGUAUGGUUGAUCAGUACAACUCUUAUAGUAUAAAUGGAGAGAAAGUAAAUGGACGUCAAACCCUAGGGGAGAACAUCGCAGACAAUGGGGGUUUGAAGGCAGCGUAUCAUGCCUACAAAUCUUGGCUGCAGAAGUAUGGUGAAGAAAAGAGGUUACCAGGAGUUGUAUUAACCAAUCACCAACUGUUCUUUGUGGGAUUUGCACAGGUUUGGUGCUCUGUACGAACUCCUGAGAGUUCCCACGAGGGGUUAGUCACAGACCCCCACAGUCCAGCCAAAUUCAGAGUCAUUGGGACUCUGUCAAACUCCAAGGACUUUGCUGAACAUUUCAACUGUCCCAAGGGGACCCCCAUGAACCCUGGAAAACACUGUGAUGUGUGGUGAGAUCCUCUAGGCUAACAUGACUGUGUAUGCAUGAUAUGUAUGCAAUGAUUAAUGAAUGUAUUAUAUGUGUGCCAUAACGAAUGGAUGUAUUAACAGAGAAAGUUAUAGAUUUCUUAAGGGGAUGAUGUGCUCCUCAAAAUCAUUACCGAUGCAGUUGGUGAUCAUAUCUACUUACGUUGUAGGAUGUUUUGUGAGUGCUAACCAUAUGUGCGUUGUGACUGAUAAAUCAGAGAGUGUAUAAAUGGAUAAGCAGAGAACAUGCUGUGUGUGCCAAUCACCUGAUGGUGGACGUAGGUGAACCCCGUAAGAGUGUAUUCUCUAAACCAGGGACUGUGGAGAACUGACAAGGAUAUUGCAAAUUUUAGACAAAAAUAACUACGCUGGAAAAGGAGCUGAAUUUGAAGUACAUUUCCAGUUUGGCUAUUUUUUAAUGUAACAUAUACAAUGUCCUUAUCAAUUCAUCACUCUGUCCAGCUUAGCAAACAAAGGGUAGAGAUUUAGCCCAAGUUGUUAUAGGGACAUUAGUUUUUGGUGAAUGCCAUCUAGAGACAGGAAAGCAAAAAGAAUAUCUGACUGUUUACCAUCUCCAACUUUUCUUUUGCAGCCGGUGAGAAGACUGGCACAGGGUUGCGCGCUAAAGUGUGAACAAUUGAAUUAAAAUGGAAAAUUGCAUAACAGGCUAAAAUAGUUGAAUUGUAAACAUGGAGAAUGUUAUGAGUUGAAAUUUCAUUUGAAUUCAGUUUGAAUUCUCAGCAAUUAACAAUUUAGUAAAUAUCCCAGUCAGUUGCGAGAGAUAAGAGUGUCUAUUAAUGAAGAAAAAAACGAUGUAACUUUCUGCUCCUUUUUUUCCUGAAUUUUUGCAGUUCAGUACAUGUGAGUGCCAAUAUAUCAGUAGAGAAUUAUGUGCAUUGUGUCCAAAUUUCUGCUAAAACAUAACAUUAUAAACCAGGAUACUCUAGUGAUAGUUUUGCACUGACGUGUGCUGAACAAAUAGAAUGGAUUUGUACCGACCGUAUAAACUAUAUUUAGUGAAACAAUGUGCGAAACUAAAUAUAGCAAAGACAGAAUAUUGGCACAUUUUCAGUAAUGCUUGUGUAAAUGGGUUACUAGAGAUUUCUGUGUGAAUGGGAGUUAGAGUAUAGUGAAUGCUGUAUGAAUUGUAAUUGACAAAGCAUGCUGUUGCCUGUGAAUUGGAUUAGUAUUGGAUGCGGUAUGCCUGUUCACGGAUAUGAAAGGAUGUUGCUGGCACUGCCCUUCUGCGGUGUUAGUCCUGUCUCACAACAUGCCUGACCGUCUGCUGUCAUGGGGGUCCCACACUCGGUGGGGUCUGAUAACCCCCAUAUGCCUCCUUUGCACUGUUUGGAACACAUAUCACGCUGGCAUCAUGCUUUUAAGACCUCACACACCCAACAACCAUUUUGUGAAGUCUACCGUCUUUAAUGCCCUCCAGAUGUGCAGGCUAAGGGUGCACAGAUGUUGCAAGAAACAGGAUAUACGUGUAUGAAAACCUCUGCCAAAUGAAGUGACUUCUCUGACCUUGUGGAUGAUAUGGAUAAGACAUACCAGAACUUUCUAAAAGGGACUAAAGUUCCUCUAAGAAACCCAGAGACAGUAAAAAAAAAUAUAUAUAUAUAGAAAACGCAACAAAAUGCCUUAAUUAUCAAUCAACAAAGACAGAUACUAAAUGAAAACAAACAAACAAAAUCACACAGCCCCAUCAAGAGACACAAUAUAUGCCCUUAAGCAGGGAUCUCUUUAGAAUUUAGGUACGGUGUUAAUGCAGUGUCCAAUUUAUGUUGGGAGAGAGGAGUUUGAGUCAGUAAUAUUAGUUUCAUCCUCAAGCAUCACAUAAACUAAAUGGGAAGACAAAGUACAAAUUCAUGAUUUGAGUCAUCAAUGAAUGGGUACAUGUUAUUGUAAGCAAAGCAAAAUCCGCAGUAAUGGUCAGUAAUAGUAAAGGUUUGUACUGAUGGCUUUUCAAUAUUCACUUGUUAAUUUGGCAGAUCCACUGCCUACUCCCCACCUCCCCACACCUACCUCACACACUGUGACAUUUGCCACUACUCUCCGUCUACACAUACUGUGUGCUGUUAUGAAGAUACAAGGAAUCUACUCAGGAGGCUUUAUUGUUCCCACCCACUAAAAAUGCUUGUGCUCAAUCUAAAAUAGUUAGGGUUGUCAGCACAAGCAUAUUUAACCCCAUGAGGGCUGAAGGUCUGUAACAUAUUAUUACUGCUUACUGUUGUUCAGCCAUGCAAUGCAUUGUGUGUUCGUAGUACUUGUAUUUCUUCUUUGAGCGCAGUCAGGUAGCAUUAGACCUGCUCUAUAGCAAGAUAGAGCGCAAGUCUCAGUAGAGAAACUCGCAACCAGUCCUGCCUCUGUUCCAGAACCAAACGAAAGGUUCAGCCAUUAUGAAAAAUAGCAGGCUAGAAUUACAAGUUGAAAUGUGGAUUGCAAAAUUUAUGCUAACACUGUCACGCUUUAAGUAGAGCUGUACAGUAUAUAUUAGCUAAUUGGGGAUUUUUCUCAUUAAGCUAUUGUAGCCUAAAGAUUGCCAUUCAGAUUCCAGUUUGGAGUGCAGUGAAUAAACCCCUAAGGAGCAUGGGGCCUGUUGCGUUAGUUUAUUGCAGUGCCUAGAAAACAGAUAUUACAUCUACUACUAUUCAGUCCUACCCAAUCAAAGAGCAUUUUGUCCAGUCUAAUGAAGUGGGAUGAGUGUCUUUUACACAAGAUUUGCUUAAAUCACAAUUGUACAAAAACUGCUUCAGUGACUUUAUACUUAGACUGAGUGCACACACAAGAAAUAUACGCCACUCCAUUAGACAAUGUUACUCUUAUUGGAUGCUCGUAGCUUCUUCAUCAAUGUGUAUCUGUGAAAAUGUUUUAUUUUUACAUGUCUAAUAAACUCAGCAGAAUCUG